AUGAAGACGAGGGAGAUGAAGAUAAUAAACCAGGGCCUGGAAGAUGAGAUGGUAAAUAUAACUCCAGUCUGAAUGCUUUAUUCUUUAUUUAUCUGCUUUACUGCUUUACUCUACUGAAUAAUGCAUCAUUAAAUUGGGAAUUUUGUCAUUUAAAAAAUAUUUUUGAUGCUUCUCUUACUGAAACAUAUUGGAAAUACACAACCCCAGUUGAAGGUGUUUAAAGGGUAGCUGUUGUUUUGUUCUGCACAUGCACUACACUCACAAAAAUUUCCUCGAACAUUUGAAGUUGGCAGCUUGUGUUAAUGUGAUUUUUUUCAACCCAUCCUUUCUGAGCAUUUGUUUUAGAUUUGCAUGAUUAUUGAAUUCUGGUUUAUUUUUGAUCUUGCUCUAUUCUCUGGUUCAUUAUCACCACCUCGACCUACUGGGACAGUUAAACUGAACCAUAUUAACCAUGUUUAUUAGAUUAGAAUAGAUUAGAUUUUCCUUUAUUCAUCCCUCAGUGGGGAAAUUAACAGCAGCGGUACACACAACAUACACCCUUCAUACUGGGUACAAAAAACAAAUAAGAUAAAGAACUAUGGUAUUAAAAAGGAAGAGGAGUGCAAGGGAAUGUUAUGUUUAUUGCAUCGUCUUAAAUUACAGCCUGUCAAAAAAUACAAAAAAAAGAAGCACCACAUCUAAUUUCCCCUCACAUGCAGUGUAUUAACCUGAGUUCCUGCCUGUACAGGAGGUGUGGGGGUAUCAGCCCUGUCUGUGGAAGAUGGUCCUGGUGGGUGUGGGUGCUGUAUGCUCUGGGGGUCUCCUCCUCCUGCUGCUUUACUGGUUGCCUGAGUGGGGUGUCAAAGGCACAUGCACACACAGCUCUCUGAGGGACGCGCACACACUUCUGCUCAGAACCACGGUAGGAAAUGCCUAACCAGCAACAACAAAAACUUUAUAUUUAUCCUUUUUUCUUUGAUAAAACAUUUGUAGUUUGCUCAUUUAUAAAAGUAACAUGUGUGAAGUCAGUUCUUCAUUCGUCCUAUGCAACUGCUGUUGACAUAUAACCACCACAUUCUUCAGCAUGUACAAACUGUACUACACAUCAUACAUUCAGGGUCUUCUUCCAGCAAAUGAAAACAUGUUGUUUUUAUUUGAUCAUCACAGGAUGAAUUCAAGCAGUGGUUUCGAGCCAAAGUCCACGUGAUGGUGGCUCCUGGGAGGAAACCAUUCGACGGCCUGGAUCUGCUGUCUUCAGACCAGCUUCCAAAUGGAGACCACAGCAUUGAUGCUGUUCACGAGGAGCUUCAUGGGAAAUUUACCCAUACGAAGAGUGCUCAGGUAGCUUCCUGAAGCUAUGAAUGUCUAUCAUUAUCAACAUUGGCUUAUUAUUUAUUGUAGGACUAAAAAGCAGAAAUGUGAGCUUGGUAUUAGCUAAAUGCAAGCAUAAGCUGUUGCCUGACAGUGCACAAAAGUUUCAAACUUUAAAUACUGUCUGAUGUCAUAUCACAUUUUCACUAUUUGUUGAUUUAUUUCUCAGCUUCUCAGGUCAAAAGUUUGGACACACCUUCUCAUUCAAUGCAUUUUCUUUUUUCUCAUUACUAUUUAAAUUGUAUAUUCUCAGUAAAGGCAUCAAAGCUAUGAAUGAACACAUGUGGAAUCAUGUGCUUAAGAAAAAAGUGUGAAAUAACUGAAAACAUGUAUAAUAUUUUAGAUUCCUCAAAGUAGCCACCCUUUGCUUUUUUUGAUAGCGCUGCAAACUUUUGCUGUUCUCUCAAUGAGCUUCAUGAGGUAGUCACCUGAAAUGGUUUUUACUUCACAGGUGUGCCGUGUUUGCUUUGUGACUAUCAGAGUCAGUCACUAAGUACUUCUGUCAUCAAGAGCAAAGGGUGGCUACUUUAAAGAAACUAGAAUAUAAAACAUGUUUUCAGUUAUUUCACACUUUUAUAUAAGUACAAAAUUUCAUGUGUUCAUUCAUAGUUUUGAUGCCUUCAGUGAUAAUCUACAAUGUAAAUAGUCAUAUAAAAAAAUAAAGAAAAGACAUUGAAUGAGAAGGUGUGUCUAAACUUUUGGCCUGUACUGUAUAUGUCUGACUACUUCUUCUUCUGCCCUUUUAGAUCCACUACUUCACACACCAUAGCACCAAGUACUUCUGGAACGAUGGGAUACAGAACUUUGAACUGUUCAAGUAAGAGUACUCCUAGAAAAAAAAUCUCUUCUUUUAUUUAGAAACUAAAUUUAUUUUAUUUACUUUACUAAAUUUCAGUUAUUGUUGGCAAAAUGAGCCUUAAACAUGCAUGUAUCUGCUGUUCUGCAGCAGUGACAGUAGAAAUGACGCUGUGUUACUUUUUUAGAGGUUUAGAGGAUUUAAAUGUGAGCUGUGCAAACAUCCACUCUGACCACAGCUCUGGGCUCUCGAAAACAUUGCAGGAGUACAGGUACACAAACACGCAUUUCAGUUUUAAUGACUCUUGGUAAGUGUGGGGAAAGUGAUGCUUCAAAUUCUCUCUCACCAGGAUGUUGUUUUUCGGUGAGAAUGAAAUUGCUGUACGAGUGCCCUCUCUGUUCAAGCUGCUCAUAAAAGAAGUGAGUUUAAACCACAUUUUCUUUUUUAAAAUUAAUUAUCAAAAUCUAAAUGCUAACUCUUUUCUCUUCCUCCAUCAGGUCUUAAAUCCUUUCUACAUCUUUCAGCUCUUCAGUGUUAUUCUGUGGAGUUUUGAGGACUACUAUUAUUAUGCUUCAGCCAUUGUUUUCAUGUCUGCUAUCUCAAUAGCUACCUCCUUGUAUACAAUCAAAAAGGUGAGUCACAGCAUUGAGAAAUGAGAUGAAAUACUGUUUGACCUUUGAUGUAAAUUGUUAGAAAUGUACCUGCUCUGUACAUCUUGUCCAUUUGUGAGUUAACAUGUGUGUGUUUUGCAGUGGUACUUGUCUUCUCUGUAUGACGUUGUCUCUCUUGUUCCAGCAAUAUGUGAUGCUGCAUGACAUGGUAGCAGCUCACAGUGUGGUCCGUGUUUCUGUGUGCAGAGGGAAUAAAGGCAUGUUUGACUUUCUGAAAAUAACACUAAUCUCACUGUAAACACAAAUAACCUCAUCGAUGAAUUUCAUAGCUUCUAAUUUUGUCAGUCUCGUUUCUAGACUGCCUGUGUUUUUUUUUUUAUUGUGUGCAUUAAUGAUAUUAAUCAACUCUUAGAGUAAAGUCCUGAUUUCCAGCUGAGUGUUUGUGUUUUCUUAUUUUCUCUGUUAUCUUUCUUAUUGAUUAAUCCCGGUAGAUAUUGAACAAGCCAUGUCCACUGAGCUCGUGCCAGGUGAUGUCAUCGUUAUUCCAGCCAAUGGGAUGAUCAUGCCAUGCGAUGCUGUGCUCAUCCAUGGAUCCUGCAUUGUGAAUGAGAGCAUGCUUACAGGUAUAUUAACCCUUAACUGCCCACCUCCUUGUAUUUAGCAGUUUUAUAUCUUUGACACACAGAAACAAAAUCUCCAUGUGUUGUUAUUUACUAAGUUUUUUUAAAUAGACUUUCCAACUGCCUCCCAAGGUAUUCUCCAUUUUGAAUUUUUGAUGCUCUGGAGUUUUGUAUUCAACAUUCAGGGGAAAGCAAUUAUAGUUAAUUGGCCUUAAGAAUUGAGCUUCAGUUCAGAGUUCAGCUAUUUCCUUGAUAUCAUAAAAUUAACAAUGAUUUUCCAUGCUUGUUUAUCUUCAUGCUGACUUAUCUUUAACACAUUACACAGUAUAACUUGUUUGUUUAAAAAGAAGUUGAUAUUUUAGUAGCAUAGGCUUGAAAUGCUGUUCAAAUGUUGUCUCUUAGCUGUUGUGAAACUACCUGCCUUUAGCUGUGGCUCUGGUUAAUGGCUACUGCCAUAAUGCUAUAAUGCUUUACUACCCGGAUGUUAACAAGCACAGAGGAUAGAUGGUAACUCAUGGUGCUGUUUGGUUGUAUUUUGAUCUAGAAAAUUGAGAUGUAUUUGUAUGUAGGGUUUGUCUUUAUAAACUGGCCAACCUGAACAUUUUGUAACAAGCAGGAGGAGGACUGAAGGCUGGUGAUGCUAACUUUUCUAAUGUUGGGCUGAUGAGUCAGAAAUUUAACUUCCAUUCAGACUUUAUAAAAUUAGCUGCUUCAGAUCAUCAGAAUCGUAACCAAUGUAAUUUACUUUGGUUGUUGGUUUUGGAUUCUCUGCUGCUCACACUGUAAAUUCAACUUCUACACAUCACUUAUAUAACCAGCUGAUCCUGUAGUAAAGUUUACACUACUACUACUAUUUGGGAUCAGAACCAUAACAAGUUUGUUGAUAUUUUUGGGCUGAAUUUAGGGAUUAAAAAAAACAAAACUCUCUAAGUUUCCAUGUAAAGACCCAUCUGUCCUCUAUGAGCAAUCCAAAUACAACCCAUCAUAACAGACGUGAAUAGAGCCUCAGUUCUUUUAUAUAGAAUUAAACCAAAACUAUAACUUUUAUAUUAACACACAGCAGACUAUUUUCUUAGUUUAGUUAAAAAACAUGUUCUCUGCUGUGUUUCAGUCUGAAAAAUACACUUAUCGUGCAUCGAGUCAAGUUUUAUUUCUAUUAGAACAUAUGUGUUUGAUUCUUUAUUUUCUCAUCCUUUGGUUGAUAAAUUUGUUGAAGAUUAGAGUUUUCUGACUUUAUGCUAAUGUUGAACACUAUAGCUUAAUGGUGUGUUACAUUGCCUCCGUGUUUAGGAGAGAGUGUGCCGAUCACAAAGACGGGUCUUCCCAGCUCGGGUGAGGAGGCAGCUGAAAGCUACAAUAUGGAGGAGCACAAGAGACACACCCUGUUCUGUGGUACUCGAGUUAUCCAGACCCGCUUCUAUGCAGGUGAACUGGUGAAAGCUGUUGUGGUGAGAACAGGUGAGACUGAGACAGAGUGAGAACAACAGGGCUUUGAUAGUUUAGCUACAGACUGAUCAUCCUCAUGGUUUUUCAUAUCAAUCUAAAUGAGUCCAAGACAGUAAUGAGGUGUUGAUAUUCCCACAGGCUUCAGUACAGAGAAAGGCCAGCUGGUGCGCUCCAUCCUCUACCCUAAACCUACAGACUUCAAACUGUACCGGGAUGCGUACCUGUUCCUGCUGUGUUUGGUGGGAGUGGCAGGGAUCGGUUUUAUCUACACCAUCGUCUUGAGUGUCAUGAACAAGGUAUCACUGCUGGUGUAGAGGGAAACAAACCUUUUCUCACGUUAUUGUGUUUAUUAAUAUCAAGAUCGCACUGACAUUUUACUACAAAACUCCAUAUGUCAUAUUGCUUUGAACAUCAGUGUUGGGAUUCAAAUUUUAUGUUCACAGUAAAAAAGAACAAAAAUGAUCAAUUUUGAUUAAUGAAUAAUUCACUUGGCUUUCCAACACGACAUUUCAACAGCUUGAGCAUAACUGGAAUAUUGCUGUGCAGCACAUCUGCUUUAACCUGCACACUUCAACCUUUACCAUGUUUACGUCUACACUGGUCAAUCAUAGUGGAAUUUCAUUUUCUUUGAGGGAAUAUGUUGAAUUUUCAGAUACAAUUUUUGACACAAUCUGAAAAGAACAUUUUUUUUUUGUUUUGAUCCUGUUUCAUUAGUUAAACUUAUUCAGAGCAGCUAAAGGAAAUACAUUAAUAUUGUUAAAAGUCUCAGUGCUGUUCUAUAGAUACACACUGUCUUUAAUAUUUUAUUCAUGACAUGACAGCCAAAUUUUGUCAUACUAGAUUUAAAGUAGGUGUGUGUUUGACAGGCAACAAUUCCAUCCCAUUCCAUGACAAAGAGAAACCUGCACUCAUCAAAUAGGAGAUCAUCCUGCAAGUCUGUGAUGGUACCAUUUAAGUCCUGAGCCCCACUGUCCUCUGUUGGCAGUACUGCCAAUCUGCUGAGUCUCUCCUGCCCCAUGCUGCUCCUAAACACGAUUUCAUCAUUUUGAGCUGAACACUCACCCUGUCGUCUCUCCUCCUUCCUUGUCUUUGGCAGAUAACUGGCUGUCUGGUUAGUUUCUCCCCUAGCAUCUUUAUACAAGGUUGGGAGAAAAAGUUAGGUUUAUACAAGUUAUCUUGAUGCGGCAUCACAAAGACAUUGGAUGUACACAUUAGCAUUUAACAGCCAUCAACCUGAGUGGAUAGUCAAUGUCAAUCUCAAUGUUAGCUUUAUUUAUAUAGCACAUUUAAAACAGCCAGUUGCCUACUAAAGUGCUUUACAGUAAAAUAGCCAGAAACAAUAAAAACAAUAAACGUUAAAAAAACAAUAAAAGUGUAAAACAUAUAACAUCAUAAAAUAACAAUACAGAUUUAACAUAGCAAAUAAAUAAAAGAUCCAAUAAAAGUAACUAGACUAUCCCGAAGGCUACAGUGAACAGGUGCGUCUUUAGAAGUGUUUUAAAAGUCUAGACGUGGUCCUGCUGAAAGGUUUGGGACUGCUUGUUUAGGCAGCAUACGACUAUCAUGUUCAGCCAACAGCUGCACAAAAUAUACUGUCACUAAUCAGGUUACUUAAUUGGAAGUUGCUGUUUGUUCAGCGGAUGCAGAAAUCUGUCUCUAUAUCUCGGAUACUGCUCUCUUUUUUGAUGGUUCUCCCUCUGUCUCAUCCAGGUUCCAGCUAAAACCAUUAUCAUUGAAUCUCUGGACAUUGUCACCAUCACUGUGCCCCCGGCUUUACCAGCAGCCAUGACAGCUGGCAUUGUAUACGCACAGCGGCGUCUGAAGCGUGUGGGCAUCUUUUGCAUAAGUCCUCAGAGGAUCAAUAUGUGCGGUCAACUCAACCUGGUUUGUUUUGAUAAGGUACUCUGAAGCACAGCUCUUAUUUUUGUCUCCAGCGAUGUUAUGUUUUCUUGUUGAUGCUGAAUUUUUAGAAAACAUAAUGAAGUCAUCAUUUCCAUGAGUCUUACAUAAUUUAGAGUAAUAAAGUCCUCAUUUAGGAUGCAUGGAAACUUGUUGUCACACAUUCAAACCCACAUCUGUCCCGAGAGGUUUUUAGUUCGAGGAAUGACUUUUAUGUUUGAUGACCGUGUUCUGAUGCGCUCCUAUUUUUGAACAACAGUGAUGUCAACAACAUGAUGUUUUUAAGCUUUGAGGUUAUAAAAUAUGUUUUAAAUUGAUUUAGCUUGAAAGCAUAACCAAAGCAAUGUUAUUAAACAUGCUUUUUGAGAAUAAUUAAUGUUUUUUUUUGUCUGUUUGCUCUUGUGACAAGAGUAAACCAAAAGUUAAAUUUAGAAAAAUCAGAUAAGAAGAAUGGUAAGUCAAAGGGUUGUUUGUAAUUGUAGGGAUAGUUAAAUUCACUUUCAAAGCUGCGUCAUGAGCUGUCAACUGAGCCCUUUUACUUUCCAUUGAUAUCACACAUUUUAGAUGUCUGCAGUUGGAUCAAAUUGUGCUUUUCAAAUGAUUCAUUGUGGAUAAAGUCUUCUGAGUGGCUCUUUAGUCUUUGUUACAAAUCCACACUUGUCAGAAAGUGUGUGCAUGUUCCUGUGGGGCAGGUUGGACUCAGAUUUGAAUCAGACUUUUAAUGUGUGUUUUUAAAAGAUGUGGUCUAAUGUGAUCGAUGUUGUCCUCUGAGGUGGGAUUGAAACAGUUUGAACUCAUUGUUAAAUGUUUUUUGUUUGUUUCCGCAGACUGGUACUCUGACUGAGGACGGUUUGGACUUGUGGGGUAUACAGAGAGCUGAAGGGGACAGGUAGGAUCAGAUUUGGGUUCUUUGUCUUUUUCCUGAGUGUAAUUAAAAAAAACAUAACAGUUGAAAGAACAGUGAGAUGUGUGGAUUUAUGCCUCUUCUGUAUUGUGACACUUUAUCUGCUGCCAAACUAGUUUGAAAUCAGUUUCAUGGUUGGAUAAUGAGACAAUUUGUCUUUUGAGUCAAAUACAUUGUACACUGUGAAUUGUAAUCAGGUUUCCUCUAUGUUUUUGUGGAAAAUAAUACAAGGACAAAAGCAGAUAAAAAAUCAAAGAGCAGGACAAAAAGCUAAACCAAAAACAGUCAAGUAGCUAAUAUAGAAAAAAACUAAGUCAAGUUUAUUUGGUACAGCACUUUUCAGUCAAUUACAGUAAUAUAACAAAUAGAACAGAAAGCACAGAAAAAAAUAAGCUGUAACUGCACUAAAAAUGAAUCAGAUGGUCAAAAGCCGGUUUGAAAGAAUAAGCCUUAAGCAGGUUGGAAAAGCUUGAGUAGAAACUGCAGAGUGUAGUCACAAAGAAGGAGUACUCUGAGGACUCUGAGCCACAAAUUCAAAGACAGAGGCCCACUCCCACUGAAUUUCAGGCGUGUUCCUGCCAAGUCCGUACGGCUUAGGGCUGUCUCACCAUCAAAUCAUAAAGUAUUUACAGGAUCUCCUGGAGCCUUUUGAGCACUCUAUGCAUCCUUUCCCUGAAUGGCUAUCUCUGCAGACUCAGCGUGAGGGAAUUACCCAUAGUUCAUAGCACUGUGACACGAAACACACAAUUCCCCGGAGAAGCUCACAAGCAUAGAAAGGUUAAUGAAUUCCUUACCAUGGAAAUUUCAGUCAAAAUGAUGGAGGUGAAACACUGACACUUUUAAGGAGUCUAUGUAGGUAUAUGAAUAGGAAAUAUUGUUAAGGUGUACCUGUACCUGAGAAGCUCAACCAUGACAAAAUUAAACAGAUUUUAUCCCUAUCUAAGAGGUUGCAUCCACACUGCAGCAUGAAAACUAACAAUGAAGAGUGUUUGUGAAAGUAAAAAUCUUAGAUAAAAAUCCUGAAUGCUUCUACAGAGAAAAAUACUGUCAGUGUUUUGUGAGAAGUUGCAAAGUGAUGUUCAAUUUCUGGUUAUAUCAUUUCUGGGCCCUUGCGGCAUCAUGCAUCUGAUCACUUUCCAGGUGAUGUCAAUUUCAGGGCUCAGGGAGGAAAUUGGGAUUCAGCCAGAAUGACUGUUUCCUGGCAUUAUAAAGCUGAAGCCGGUCAAAGUACACAGGUGCUUGCUCUUAAUAAACCAGGACAAAAAAUCAAUCCUGAAUUUGAUCAGCAGUUAAUGUAUGCAAAAUCAGAUCAACUGUGGACAGCUGAGGGGGAAUUUAAUGAGGCAGAUGAAAACCCGGUUUAUAAUGCAACAGAUUUCAGUUUUAAAUGUUUUGUUAAGUGAGAGAUACAAACAGGGUAGAAGAGGAUGUAACCAUGUAUCGGUUUAACAUUUGCAUCCACAAAUAUCUGCUGACAUGGACGUAUAAUGGGCUGUGAACUGAUGCCAGUAGCUGCCAAUAAAGUCGGUCGUGUCAGUUGUAGUGCAUCAAUUUAUUGCUGAUCUGUUUGUAAACUGAACUGCUGAUUCAGUAAAAGAGGCUUUUAAAUGGGCCAAAGAAGUCACCUUGGACAAACUCUGGUGUGACAUGAAAGGGCAACCAGCGCUGUGCAGACGUGUAGGAUUGUUGACACGGCCAGAUGAGAAACAUAAUGUCAGCAGUGUAGAAGGAUCACACCGUCUUUGAGAAAAAUCAGCAAAAUGGAGAUUAUGACACAUGUCCUCGUGACAUUUCAGUUUUUACAUUUGAUUUUAGUGAUGUUUAAACAUGUUGAUCAAAUAGCAGAAAAUGACUUCAAAAAUCAAUGCUCUUAUCAAACUUGGCUGCGAUGUUGUCAUGGAGAUUGAUAAAGACCUCUUUCUUGUCAAUGUUCAACUAAAGUGUGUUAUCAUUCAUCUGUUUUUGGAUGGCAUCCAGACAGUUGUGGGAAUUACUGAGUUUAUCAGUGCAAUCAGGCCUAAGAUAUGUACAACUGAGAAUGAUCAGCGUAACAGUGGUAUGAGAUGCCUCAAAUGUUUCUUGUAACAUUGGAGGCAUAAAUAGAAAGUAUUUGGAAAGGACCCAAGACAGUUCCCUGAGGCACACCACACAUCAAAGUGACAGUCUCAGACAUUGAUGGGCCAUGUGACUCUAAAAAACACCUCUCUUAAGUCAUAUCAGACCAUUUAUGUAUCCUGAAGGAGGCGGGGCUUGGUCUUGAGUGACAGCAGCCUCCUGUCAAAGUAAAAGAGUGUGUCUCCUGAGAGAGAGGGACCACAUUACCUGCACACCCUAGGCUGCUGGUGGCGCUUGGAUUUGAAAGAGAGAAAGUGGAGUGUUACCAGUUGUUAGGGUGAUUUUCUUUAGCCAGUCAUGUCAGCUUUUAGGGUGGUGGUGCUGUAUCACUCAAAUACCUCAGAUACUUUGGUGCUAGAUUUCUGGAGCCAUGGGCCUCCGACAACCAUCCUCAACAAGGACCUUGUACCCAUGUUUAACAUCAGUCGGGCUCCCAAAAUAUAUUGUGCUUUGUUAUUACCCUACAUGGACUCUCCUUUAGGUCAAAAUAGUAUCAGACCAAUCUUUGUUACACUUGUGUUACACUUGUGGCAUGAUGAAGCUGUAACCCAGAUCUGCAACCAGUAAAGCUUGUCAAAAUGAUCAUUCGUGUGGACCUUCCAUUUUUUAAAGUGUGAACAUGGGCUAGGCAUCCUUACACCAGUCAGUUCCUCUAGUCACCUCUUUAUCGUAUUUGUGGUUUUAUUUGAAUACAGUGGAACUUUACAAAUUAUUAGACAGAAGUGCUUUAUGUGUUUAUUGGAAAUUGUACAAUGUACAGUGGCACCUUAAUUUGUCAAGUUUAACAUGAGUGUAAAACCAAAACAGAAUUAGAAAACAAAAGAGAAAGAAAACAUUUCCGCAGACUGAGUAUUUGUGUGAAAGUCUCCUUCUGUGUUUCAGCUUCUCUCCUCCAGAGUCAGAUGCCGCUAAAGAAAGUUUGGUCAACUCUGCGUUUGUGGCCUGCAUGGCUUGCUGUCACUCACUGACUAAGAUUGAAGGAGAGCUUUCAGGAGACCCUCUGGACCUCAAAAUGUUCAGUGCUACAGGCUGGGUGAGUGAAGUUUUUGGAGUGUUUACGGCCAGUGUGCUCAGUCACUGGCACCACAGCCAGCAGAGAUACCAGUCUGUUCAUGAAUUAUGCAGCACCAGGCUUGUGUCUUUGGCAGAAAAAAGGUUCUUCUCAGCUAAAAUGUUUCAACUGUGACACCAUGGAUACCCCGGCAUGGACACGAGCAAGCUGGGACCUACUUUUUCAUGUCCCACCAGCCUCAAUGUAACGGCUCCUCUAACAUGAUCUAACGUUUACUUAGAUCCUAGAAGAGCCCACAGAGGAAGAGACAGCUCUCCAUAAUCCCAUCAUGCCCACAGUUGUACGUCCUCCAAAGCACGUUGUCCCUGAGGCCAAUCAGAAUAACCCACUGACCCAGAACAUGGUACAAAGUUUCUCUUCAUCAUUAUUCAGUGAUCAACAUUUUCAUUUGGGGUCAUUUUCGCAAGAUUUCUAAAGUACAUGAUCUUAAAAUACUUUUGCUUUUUUGUUUUCCACAGGAGCUCUCUGAAACAUCGGUAAGUUUUCUUUUUUUAUGACAUUUGAAAGAGAUUGUUUAUUCCUUUAGGUGGAGUUAUGUGAGGUACUUGUCAAGAUAAAUAUAGUACUUAUUAGUCAGCUUUUGAAGUUAUAGUAGUUUAGCAUAGUUUAGCAUAAAGAUGGUAAAGGCUCUCUCCUGUCCAAAGUCAGCUCACUGAUCAGCACAGUUCACCACAUCUGGCUUGUUUCUCACGUUUGAAAACACUUAGUUUGAUUUCAUCCCAGCUAUCUUCAUUCAUUUUUCAGCCUUCAUGCUGAACUAAAUUUAGCGACUGUUAGUUGGAUCCUCAUGUUAAAAAUUAACCUUCUCUAGAGCUCACCAGUCAGGAUUUUACAGACUCCACAGAUGUGGUAUCACAGGGGGAUUAUGCCUCAGUCCAUCUCCUUUGUGACUCUCUGGAGUUUCUGCUGGUGACUACACAGUGAUGACAGGACUCGACAGAGCCAGUGUCAUUGCUCCCUUUUGUUUAGGUCUGUAUACUAAGCUAAGUUAACUAUCUGCUGGAUGUUGUUUCAUAACUCCAGAGUGAAUAGUUUCACCAUUUACCCAAAUAAGUCCUCCAAAGGUGUUUAACUGCGGUCUUGAACCAGUCUUCUGAAGUUAAUGUGAACUUUGAAACUGAACAUGUACACAACAUGCAUGUCUUGUUCCUCAGUCCUGUGAAAUCGGCAUCGUGCGUCAGUUCCCCUUCUCAUCAGCUCUGCAGAGGAUGAGUGUGGUGGUCAGGAGGCUGGGGCAGAAACACAUGGAUGCUUACUUAAAGGGAGCACCAGAGGUUGUGGCAAACCUCUGCAAACAGCACACAGGUCUGACACUUUGUCUGUGUGGUUAAGAUUGUGUAAAUAUCUUCUCCGUAUAUUCAGUAUCUCUUAAAGAGUACUGACAGUUACUGACAGCAGAGUAAUAACAAAUCAUCUUUUUUCUCUCUCAUUGGAUUUAGUCCCACAGAGUUUUACAGAGACUCUGGAGACCUACACCAGGCAGGGCUUCAGGGUCAUCGCUCUGGCACAUCGACAGCUGGAGUCCAAACUUUCCUGGCACAAAGUCCAGAGCCUCAGCAGGUAUGGCUCCCUCCACAGAGAACACACUGUCCACAGUUCACAGAGAAGUCCUGCCGUAAAACGCUGGCACACAAUCAAGUUUUGUGAUUUUGUAUUUACAGUAACUCACGACUUCUACCUUAAUGUCUGAAUGAUGUAAUUCUGCUGAUAAUGAGAUAAACAUGGGCCAGUGACACAAUAAAGACUGAUAUUAAUACCUUCAGCUAACAGACGUGAGCACAUCACUCCUGUCCUUAGCCUAGGAUAGGAUUGAUUUUAAACUUUUAAUGCUUGUUUUUAAAGCUCUUAACGGCCUUGCCCACAUCUUUUUAUAAGCUAGGAAUAAGCUCCCCACUGAAAUGAGGCUUAUUUCCUACCUGGGCCUUUUUUAAAUCUGGAUUGAAAACAUAUUUAAUUAUGCUGGCUUUUAUUAUCCAGUAGCGUGGUGACACUUUUUAUUGCAUUGUACAGAUAAAGAACAUUUACAUUUACAUUUACAGCAGUUUGAGUCAGGCAGGUCCACAGCAGCAGGUCAUCUGCGGCAACUAUCAAGAGGAACCUGUGAGUUUAUGGGAUUCUAGAAAGAUCUAUGGUCAGUAAAAUCAAAGUUAGUGACAUGCUGACAGACAGAGGAGCAAGAGGGAGAGAUGUACUAUACACUUAAUCAUCAAAAAGGAAAAGUUACCAGCUUACUCUUGAAAGUAGAAAGGAUGUUUACCUCCUGGACUUCCUGGAAUUAAAAUCAUGAUUUUGCUUUUGGAGACUCUUGGUACAACUAAAAGAUCUGUAUGCUAUGAGUGUACCAUUCUGUGGUGUAGACAGAAGAGAAUUGAUAGAACUUGUUCCAGAUUUUAUGGGAAGCCAGAAAUAAUCUCCUUUCCUGGUUUCUGUGUGGUAUGAGUUGCUGUUAUCAGACAUGGGCCUCGAGAAUUAACUCUUUGAACUCUGUGAUAGGAAAGUCAUUAGUUAAAGGCUGAUGUGAGUCACGUUUAUUUAAUGCACUUAUGUAACUAAGGUGUAAUAAAUAGAUAAAAUAAGAUUUACAGUAACAGGGAUGUAAUAUAAUAGUGUCAUAAAAUCAUUCAAGUGGAGUUGAUAUUUGAAUAGAGUGAAUUAUAAAGCUCAGGCUCUCUGUGGUAAGAUCCAAGCUAUUAUGAUAUUAUUAAUUUAUUAUCUGAAAUCAAAGUGUAAUUUUAUUUAAUGAACUGUUUGCUAACUCUGAAGAUGUCCUAAACCCCCAUGGCCCUUUUAGUAAAAAACAACAACAAAUUACAUUAUCCUGAAAUUGUAGUUAACCAUUAACCAUGGUAAAGUAGAUGAGGAAGGGAAACAGGAGGGUAGGAUCAGGAAAAUCCUGUUAUGCAAUCAGCAUCAGACAUUAAUGUCUAAUAUUACAGAGCAGAAACAUUGGUCUUUCAGAGUCCUCUACCUUCUCCUAUGAUAUAGGAAUCCUCCAUACGUCUUAAAACAUGAAUUUGACACGGUCCUUGUUCAUAAUAGUUCACUUUUUUGACACCAUUAUUGUAUGCUAUGAUAUGUUGUGUUCAGGGACCUGAUAGAAACCAAUAUGGAGUUCCUGGGUUUGAUCAUCAUGCAGAACAAAAUCAAGAUGGAGACGGCCGGGGUUUUACAAGAAUUACGAAAAGCUGACAUCCGCACUCUGAUGGUAACAGGUAUUAAUCUGUGUAAUGUUCCCUUUUUUUAAUUUAACUCAAUAUUGCACACAGAGUUGAUGGGCUGUGUACUGUCUGUUAGGGGACAACAUGCUGACAGCGAUAUCUGUGGCUCGGGAUUGUGGGAUGGUUCGUGCCCAUGAGAAGGUCAUUAUUGCAGAUGCUGUGCCUCCUAAAGAAUCCCAACCUGCCAGCAUCACCUGGCACCACACUGAGAACCAUCAAACCGUCAAAGACUCGCAGGUGAGAGAGAGAGAGAGAGAGGCCAGGAUCUGAAUCCAAACUGAGCGUUCUCAAAUGUCUGUACAAUCCAAAGAAAAGGAGCUGACACUGCAGAGUUCAUCCCAACAUACUGUCAAUGAUGUGAAAGUCUUAAAAACAAUUAUUGUUGAGCCAUUCAAGUAUUUAAUUUUUGGUUUUCCUUUUUUACACAAAAAUACAAAAAAUACUGAACAAAUCAAGAAAAUUCCAAAGCAUGUGAAAGGCUGUGGUAAAUAUUAUUAUCAUUGAAUUACCUCAGUUAAAAAAAAAUCUCUUGGCAUAAAAAAGGGGAUGAAAAACAUGUGCACAUUCUCUAUCUGCUCACCAUUUAUAAGAUAUGGUUAUUAUAAAGUGUUACCGACAGCCCUUUUUGAUUUUAACCCAAGGUUCUUUGCUCCAUAUCAUCUCCCUUUUUCUCUCUUUUUCCUGUUUCCUCAUCCAUAUAUUGUCCUAUCAUUCAUUUAGGGCAUAAAAGCCCCAAAGUUAACUUAGUGAAAUAGAACAAUUUUGAGCAACAAUUUCAAAUAGUUCAUGCUGUCAAGUUAAAAAAAAUAUUGACAAAAGAAAAAAUGUAAGACUCUGUUAGUACAAAAGUAACAACUGAGGGAAAUUUAAAACAUAAUUUUUAAAAUAAUUAUCAACAGCAAACAGCUAUGUUUGAUCAAAAAGGCCAGGGGAUGCUUUAUGCUAAGAUUUUUUUUAUACUUUAUCAUUUUUUUUGCAUUCACAUGUCUCUCAUUGGCAGAUUUACAUCAUGUUUUUGUAAAAUAAUAAUGUUUAUUACCAAAUGGAAGGUGAAAUCUGUCCUCGUGUUUUCAAGAUGUCUGUCAUUGAUGGACGUUUUCUUUGUCCUCAGACUCUGGAGAUAAAUCUGGAGGAGGGGUCAGAGGAACAAAACUAUCACUUUGCCAUCAGCGGUAGAGCCUUUGCUGUCAUCAUUGAGUACUUUCCUCAACUCAUCCAGAAGGUACGGACUCAUUUUGUGACACUGAUACACAAUUUGGGUCAUCAUUUGAUUUAACUUGAAAGCCUCGUCGUGGGAAAAGUUGUAGUUCAGACUAGUAUUCAAAUGUUUCUGCAAUUCUUUCUCUGUCCACAUGGGGGUGCUGCAGCUUGCAUUAAGAACUACAGUAUUUGCUCGCAUGGCUCCAGACCAGAAGACUCAGCUGGUGGAAGUCCUGCAGAGCAUCGAGUGAGUCAGUCGUUUCUUUGUAGCCUGUGAUUUGAUGGAUUUAUAUAGAUAAUUAGAUCACAGAUUCAAAUGCACAACUUUGACUCACCUCAUUUUUCCUGCAGCUACACUGUUGGGAUGUGCGGUGAUGGUGCAAACGACUGUGGAGUAAGUGACAAAAUACAGUAAAAGUUUGUUCAAUAUACAAGAUAUUGGUUCUGUUGUAUUUAAUGAUGCAUCUGUCUUCGUCUAUCACAUGAGAAUGUUUUAGGAUAUACACUGAAAAUCAAAUGUUGCUGUCAUUCACAUGUUGUAUACCAUUGCAUUAUAUUUCCCCUCCUAAAAUCAGCACACACACAGAAAACUCCUCAUGGAAACUUUCAAUAAAUCAAAGCUCUUUCUCUCUUUGUGUGUCAGGCUUUAAAAAGAGCUCACAGUGGGAUCUCUCUGUCUGAGCUUGAGGCUUCUGUUGCUUCACCUUUCACCUCCUCCACCUCCAACAUCUCCUGCGUCCCAAACCUCAUCAGGUGUACACUCAUUACUCAUGGUUUUUUAAUGAAUUGUUCAUUUUAGAUUUGAAUCUUUGAACCCUGAAUAUAACAAAUAGUCUACAUCAUAUUUAAAUCAGUUGUAUCUAUGAACACCUUUUACAGACAUGAACUCAUUUUGUGUCACAACAAAGGCCUCACACUUUGACUCUUCCUCCACAUGUUUUCUGUUUGACUUGUAGAUUUUAUGUGUACAGGCUUCUCUCUCAAAAAUAAUAAUUUUAUAUGAAACUACUUCUUAUAAUGCAUCAUAAGCAUAUUUAUAAAACCUUUUAAAUGCAUCUAAAAUACCAACGUUUAUAAAGGGUUAUAAGCAGUGACCAUACUGCCUUAUAAAGGUAAGGUUUAUAUUUUGCAUUAUGUCUUUAUGAAAAGAAAAAAAAAAGAAAAUUUGGAUUUGAUAAUGCAUUUAAAAUUUAAUAACUUUACCUGGUUAUCAAGAUUCAUAAAUAAAUCAUUCUUUGUGGUUCUUAAUUUUAAAAAAGGUUUUAUUAAUACUCACAACAUACUAAAGCAUGGACUUUGGGUGUUUCAAGUAAAGUGACAGCACUACAUGAAGUUAUGAACAAUUACAUAUUCCUAUAAAAUAUUAGGUAACACUUCAUUUGACGCCUAAUAGUUAUAACAUAUAUAAUACUUGACCUUGUAAUUCAUGAUAAAAUGCUUUAUAAUGUGUUAUGAUUAUUGCUAUAACGCAUUAUGAUCAUGUAUGAGUGUUUAUAACUAUAGUUAGACAGUGCUAUAACGUGAUUAUAACACAUACGGAGCAACAUACGUAUAUUUAUAAUGCGUUAUAGAGAUAAGCAUCAAAUAAAGUGUUACCCAGUAUUCUGUGGCUCUAAGUAACGAGUCAGACAAAAAUACCACAAAACAAGAACAAAUAUUUAUGUUUUUAUAUUUUUUCCUUUUGCAAUAAAAUGUAAUGAAUUAUAAAUUAUACCUUUUAUAGAGCAGUACACUCACUGCUUAUUAUAACACUUAUUAUAAGCUGGUCUGAAUGCUAAUUAUCACUCAGAUGGGUUGCCAUUAAGCCUUAUAGACGCAUUUAAAAGGCUUUUUAAAUGAGUUUAUGAUUCUUUAUAAGACGUAGGGUUGUAUAAAGUGCUAGCCAAACCUGAGCUUCUAUAGGUGUAACAUUAAGCCAUUACUGUUUCUGAUUAUCUCUACACUCCUGCUUUUAAAGGGAGGGCCGAGCUGCACUCAUCACAUCCUUCUGUGUGUUUAAGUUCAUGGCUCUGUACAGCAUCAUCCAGUACCUGAGCGUGACGCUGCUCUACUCGGUAAACUCUCUUUACAAAGCACUCCAUUUUAGCUAGUGAACGGCAGAAGCCUUAUUUUCUGUACAUUAGUUGUUUUUAACAUUAGUAAACACCAUUGACAUGAUCUAUCUGUGUUAUCAUCAUUUUCCAGCCACGUGUUAGAAGAUGCAGCAUUAGUGGGAUUGGGUCAGAAAAACUGUUUUUGUUCACAUGUGAGAUACAGAGUCAGACGUGAAGAGCAUGUAGACGAGAGUUUGGGCUUAAAAAAGACGUGGGAGUUUCCAUCCAGUGGCAGUGACACAAAGGCAGCAACCACAAAGAGACAUUGUUUUGGGCCUAAAUAAGUUUUAUCAGUUUGGACUUUUUCGACAAAUUUCUCAGCUGCUGUGUGACUUUUUUCAUAUUUUAGAUUCUCAGUAACUUGGGAGACUUCCAGUUCCUCUUCAUUGACAUCGCCAUCAUCCUCAUUAUUGCCUUUACCAGUGAGUAAAGCAUCAAGAAAAACAUGUUAAGCUUUGAAGGGGCAUUACUUGGUAGAUAUAAAAACAGUAACUUAUAAUUUUCGGGGAAUCAGCUCACUGAUUGUUUUCUUUUUCAGUGAGUCUGAACCCAGCGUGGAAGGAGCUAGUGUGCCACCGCCCGCCAUCCAGUCUGAUCUCUGGCCCACUGCUCUUCUCAGUCCUGACUCAGAUCCUCACAUCAAUGGUCUUCCAGGUCCUGGUUUUCCUUUUAGUGAAACAACAGAGCUGGUAUGAGAUAUGGACACCUCAGUCAGAGUGAGUAAUGUGUUUAAAAAAAAAUGUUCUCAGACAUAAAAGUUUACUGUACACCAAACAUUUUGAUUGAUGCUCAUAACUAAAUUUAAAAAAAAGAGUACAAUAGUUUUAAUGAAUUUCAGUAAACAAAAAACUCAGGCUGAUGUCAGUAUUAACAGCAAAUAAUGAAUGUUGUUUCUGUGAUGUACCAGUGAUGGAAAGAUGAGUCAAACUAAAAGGAAAGCAGAAAAAAAAAAAAACAAAGUGCAAAAAAAAAAAAGGCUUAACACUCUCAAAUUUUUCACACUUUAUUUGAACAUUUUUGGGAUCCUAACCUAUGACUGCAUUUUUUUCCCCUCAAAUCAAAGUCAAACAAGCUGUUUUGGUGUCAUUGUCUCAACACAUUCCCGUUAGAGCAAGACAUAAAGAACAACAAAACAAAAAAAGUCAGAAGUGUUGAAUCAUUUCUGUUCUGUUUCAUCCUUUCCUCUCUGGCAGUGCCUGUAAUGUCUCCAGCUCCAGUCUCUCUCAAAGCGUGAAUGUAACAAGCCCUCAUGAUCACAAAAACAUCAGAAACUACGAGAACACCACCCUCUUUUACGUCUCCGCCUUCCAGUAUUUGACUGUGGCCAUCGUCUUCUCCAAGGGGAAGCCCUUCAGACAACCCAGCUACAAGAACUGUGAGACUCAUUCAGAGCUUUUUAAACACUUACUGACCAUCAGAGUCAGCUGUUUGAGGAUGAUCAUUGCAAGCAAAGAAAGAGUAAAACACUUUCAGGAUAUGUUUCAAAUUUGUCGGCAUGUACACAGCUGAAAAGAAUCUCCUUUUUUAGGUUAGCUAGUUACUUUAGACACUUAACCCAGAGCUCUUAAAACAAAUUUCCAGGUUUUUAUUUUCCUAAAGUCAACUACUUUGUUUUUAAUCCAGUGUGAGAAAAACACAAAAAAGUAUUACAAACUGUGCUCUUCGUGUCCUCAUUAUUUCUAAACCUGACAUAUUCUUACAUGUUUUAAAAAAACAGUGUUUCUGUUUUCUUUCUCUUUAGGGCCGUUCAUGCUGUCCUGUGUUGCCCUGUAUUCUUUCCUUCUCUUUAUCAUGCUGUAUCCUAUUCCUGCCAUUGACAAAUUCCUGGAGGUAAACGCUGAUUUGAUCAAUUUCUCGUAUAAGAAAAGAAUUACGAAAAAAUUUAAAAUGUGUUUUUUAAUUAAAAGUAGUCACGAAGGGAGCUUUGGCUUUUACAAGUUUGUAAGCCUGUUGUCUGGUCGUGCUCAGUUGGAAGCUUGUUCACCAUCCAGUACAUGACUCGUGGGUCAGAAAAGUUCCUCACAAUUUAAAAACUGAAAAAACAAAACAAAAAACUCAGAUUCAUUCACAGGCUCUGUCAAAACAUUUUCAGUUUCAUGGGAUACUUUAUGUUUUAAGUUUGUGAACUCCCUGUCUCCAGAUUCAGAUGUGGAUUUAAGAUUAUAUAUAUGAGGUAUAUGUAUGAGGUAUAUUUAAUUUAUUUUAUUUAAUUUUACUCAGUUCUCUAUUACCUCAUUGAUCUUUUAAUGGGACUGACUGUUUAUAUUUCUUUUUGUCCACACCUGACUCUGACCUAAAUGACCCAGGUUGGUGGGAGGGAAUGGUUUAGGUUUCUGACGUUCUUCUAUAACUGCUCUUCAUCUGCCAAUGACUCACACUGGUGUUUGAUGUUAUAUUGACAAUGCUGAAUUACAAAAUUAUGAAAUCAUUAAAUUAUGACAUUACUCUUAGAUCGAACAUGAAAUGACCCCUCUGUUUACGUAUUUCUAAAACUUUUGAGUAACUCUGUCUGAGAUAUAUCUUAGAGACUCUGAUUAUUCUGCACUCAGCCUCAGGUGAGAUUCAGGAAUGAUUUGAGAAAUUAAAUGUGACAAAAAUGUGACUUUGUUAGUAACACUUAAUCUGAUUAGGUGUAGUAAAAACAUAAUAUAAGGAUUCUGUUUCAGCUAAAUAAUCCCCAAAUAGCUGCCAGAAAAUUUGAACAACCAGAACCCCGGAUUAGGUCAUCCUAUCAGGUUUUGAGAGGGUGGCACAAUCGGAUGUUGCUUUGAAAAACUGACACAGCCACUCAGACAGAUUAUCUCCUCCUGUAUAGAAAACGAUUGAGUCUUUAAAUCAUUUGGAUUUGACCAAGAUGAAUCUCUUCAAAGUAGAUUUGAACUGUUCAUACUUCUGUAUAAACUGUAGAGGCAGAAAAGGCUGAUGUCCAGAGUAGGUAUGAUGGAUGGGAUGCUGCAUUCACUGCAUUCACCUGUUGCUCUGCCUUCACAGAUCGUGUGUGUUCCUCAUGACUGGCGCAUCACCCUGGUCAUCAUUAUCGCCGUGAACGCAACGGUUUCUUUCUUGUUGGAGGUACACUUUAGAGAUAUCACACCCUUUCAGCCUCUUGUCUCCUCUCUCCUUCAUUUAAUUAGAAAUCCUUGAUCUGCAUGCAUUGAGUUUUGCACAUCCGUCUAAUGAAUAUGUAAUCCUUCAGUUUUUUCCAAUUCAAGUUAUUUCUUUGUGCAUUUCUGCUUCUGCAACCCAAUCAUCAUGAUCAGCUGAUUCUCAAAUUGCGGCUGAAAUCUCCCGUAGAUUUUCAUCCUUGACAUCAUCUUGUGGAGGCUUGUCUUCAGAGGGAAUCAGGGAGUAAAACGACCCUCACAGCCCCCCUCUGCUGACACACCGCAGGUUGGCCGCUUCACUUUUUAAAGUUUUUUCUCUGCUUCCACUUAAAGAACAAAAGACCCACGCACAUCCUGUUUUCUUAUUGCCCUUUUCACUCUCUGACAUGUUACCUGUAGUGUGUGCUGUGUAAUCAAAAAAGACUAAAUCUAUAGGAAACUGAAAUUAUUGAGCUGGCCAUUCAUACAUUUUAUUUAAGGGUGUUUUUAAGCUACGAAUUGAUUUGACUCAUCAUAUAGAACUAUCAGCUCUUAUGAGGUUUUUUGUGAUUUUUGAAGUAACACAUCCUCUUGAGUGCAAAAAUAUUAUUUUUGUUUGAAUGCAACAGACCUACCUCUCAAUACCUGAAGAGUUUCAGUUUCCAGUUCCUGGAGUAUCCUGCAUUCAGUCCUAUUUGAAUUACUUUCAAUCCUGAUUCUUUACAUCUUCUCAGGAAGCCAAUGACUGCUGGGGCUCGGCCUUCCUUUCCUGGUUGUUCUGUAGGAGAAACAAGCCCCCUGGGGUGCGCUACAUUCAUGUGGCCCUCGAGAUGCAGGAUGAUGCCAACUGGCCCCCCAAACCCUCCACGGUCACCUUUGCCAGCAACACACAAUCCCAGAGCUCUGACCCGCUCUGA